AGAAAAGGUUUUUAGAUAAGAUUAUUAAAAUCGCAUUGUAUUUUUGUUAUACUGACAGUUUUAGUAAUUAUUGUGUAUGUUAUUUGAUUAAAAUGGCUAAGAUGAAAUCCAUAGCAGUAAUAAUUUUAUAUUGUACAAUCUGCUCAGUGUGUGGAGAGCAAAUUCCUGAUUCUGGUAUAUUCUGGGAUGCAGCAACUAAUAAUGAAAUAGAAUUACAAGUUGAUGCAGGUUAUUCAAUAGGUGUAACAGUACAAACUUGUAAAUUAAGUUCAAGUGACGAGUCAGCCUUGAUUACGUCGAGUCGUGAUGAAGGGGUCAUGCUUUUAUAUACUGUACCAGAAAAUUAUACAUUUUUGGUGGGCACGAGCGACGUAAGAGCCACCACUACAAAUUUUAAUGCUGAAAAGUCGAAGCUAAUAGUAUUUUUUAAUAAAAUAGGGGAACCACCCGCCACAACAACAGAGAUGCCAGUUACUGAAGUUACAUAUCCUAGUACUACAAAUGAAUCCAGACUUUUAACGGUUUAUUUAUCGAACAAACCCACAGAUUUUGAAAAUGAGACGACACUUCAUAAUCUGAAGUCUUCUAUUGCUGCUAUGGCUGAGAAAUACUGUUCAAUAAAUAAUUUGGUGACCAAUGAGGAUAUAACGGAGAAAAACGUAGUGAUCAUCUACCAAACUUAUUGUCCGAACACUUGGAAAAAUUAUGAAUAUUGUACUCGUUUAACUUUUGCCAUUCCGAUUUAUCUAGAUGAAACCAAAGAUUACCAACUUACAUCCACACAUUUGAAAUAUAUGUGGGAUACAUUGGCUGGGACGUACCUAACAGAAUUUCAGAUAUACGAAGACCCAGAUGUAUCUAAAUUAAAUUUAUCUUGGUAUUGGACCGUAGGAAUUUUAUUAACGAUUUUUAUAAUUCUGUUAUUGGGCCUAAGAGGCUUCAUUUUAAAAUUGUCUGAAGUAAUAAAUCGAAGAAGAAGUUCGACGGUAAAUUAUCAAAAUGGAGCAACAUCGGUUAAUAAUUUAAUUAGACCUCCUUCACCAUCAAUGCAAGAGACUCCCGAAUUAUUUCAAAUGCCCAUGUCUGGGGGGGAGGACAAUCCAAAUUUUAUAAUGGAUGACGAGGAAGAUUACAGCUAAAUUUAUAAUAAAUGUUCUACACAUUA